AUGGCGAACAUCAAUUGGCGCACCAUCAACGUCGAUGCGCUGGACCCGGACUCGCCGGCCAACUUCGACAUGGCCUCCCUGACGCCCUCGGUCGUGCCUGUCGCCACGGCCGACGUGCAGACGCUGGCUGGCCAGAUCCGCCAGCUGCUCAGGGGCGGCGACAGCGAGGGCGCGCUGAGGGGCGCCCUCGAGAAUGCGCCCUACGGGGCUGAUCAGCAAGGGAAGGACAUCCACACCGCUACUGUCAUUGAGGUCCUCCAGUCCAUCCGCGCGUCGGAAAUGUCCCCUAUCCUGGGUCGGAUAUACCAGUCUGAGGGCGGUCCCGAGGUUCUGGACACGCUUAUGAAGUACCUCUACAAGGGCAUGUCCCAAGGUGCCCCCUCGGGCGGCAAGUCGAGCCUCACCCCCCAGCCAACCGGCUUCUCCCAAGUGUCUACGAUAUCCUCGCGCAUUGGCAGCGGCGAGGGCGGUGGUCAGGCCAUGAGCGUGCUGCUUAGCUGGCACGAGAAGGUACGUUAA